GUGCCCCCAUAUUUAGAAACCCCAAUGCAUCCACCGCAAAUACUGUUGGAUCAUGCCUUCCGUGUGGCUGUAAAUGUACUCACUAUUGCUUGUCCGUGUUCUCUUGGACUGGCAACUCCGACGGCCGUUAUGGUUGGAACUGGUGUUGGUGCUCUUCAUGGUAUCCUUAUCAAGGGAGGUCAACCGCUGGAGAACCUUCGUAAGGUUACCACAAUGCUUUUCGAUAAGACGGGAACAAUCACCAUGGGUCGGCCACAACUUUCUCGAAUCACCAUUCUCGUUUCGUCUAUGUCUUCAACCGUAAGUCGGUUAAUCUUUCUUCACAUCGAUUUGCUGUUCGUGCUUGUGCCAGGUUUGGUUUUAUUAUUGGCCUUGUUAUUUACGAAUAAGGUGACCAUGCCACAAAAUGAUCUCACUUCCCUCCUUCGCAGAGAUGAAGAUGAGGGUCGAACUGUAGUUUACGCGGCUAUUGAUGGACAUCUAAUUGCACUGUUAACAAUUGCCGAUCCGAUCAAGCCCGAGGCUGCUCUCACUGUUGCUGCACUCAAAGUUAUGGGCAUUCAUGUGGCUCUUCUCACAGGUGACAAUACAAGAUCCGCUAUUUCUAUUGCUAAAAAGGUUGGCAUUCGAGAAGUGUACAGUGAAGUUGUUCCUGCACAAAAGGCCCUUCGAGUUAAGCAGAUUCAAAACCAAAUCGUAGCAAUGGUGGGAGAUGGAAUCAAUGACAGUCCAGCUUUGGCUCAAGCCAAUGUUGGAAUUGCAAUUGGCUGUGGAGCAGAUGUCGCUGUGGAGACGGCUGAUGUGGUACUAGUACGAAACAAUCUGGUUGACGUCGUUGCGGCUAUUUCCCUCUCCAGAGUCACCGUUCGUCGGAUAAGACUCAAUUUCUGUGCAGCGAUAUUCUACAAUGCAAUUGCAAUUCCCAUUGCUAUGGGAUUCUUAUCACCAAUUGGAAUUGAACUUGCACCUUGGAUGGCUUCUGCAGCAAUGGCCACCUCAUCUAUUACUGUUGUCUGUCUCUCUCUUCUUUUAAAACGUUGGAAGAAGCCAACAGAAGCUUCCCUCGUCUCACAAAAAUAUGUGAGGCUUCUUUCAAACAGUGGCCUUACCUAUGAUCAGGUAGUUACAAGGAUCCACUUACCAGUGGGGGAUAUGGUCCCUGUAAAUACCACGAACUCCACAAACACAAGGCAGAAAAAAGAUGAAGUCAGUAGUAAUCCAUUUUAG